ACUUCCAAAACAACCGAGGCGGCUCUAGGACCCAGAGAGCUCCGCCCGUUAACCCUUUCUCGUCUUACUUAGCAAAAAUUUAAGGCUUCGUUUGAAACGGAUCUGAGCGCCGAGCGCCUUUUUUUCCAACGCCGGGAAGCUCAUCAGCGGGAACAAAUGAAAGGGCAAUCGAGAGGAAAGUGCCUCUGAACACAGACAACGUGCUUUGCCAACGCCACUGCAUAACCACGGCCAAUUUCCCACACAUCUGGGAUCACCAGGGGGAAGGACUUCCCAGGUUGGCAUCAAGACAGCCUAAGGAGUUUUCCGCAGCUGAUAGGCUCUCCAGGUGGCAAAUUGGGUGUUGGGAACCCUAGUGAAAGGUCACAUAAACUCAGAAACUGAUUCAAAAAUGAGGAGGAAAAUGGCAGCCAAGCGGAAUAUGGUAGCCCAGUAUCUCCAGUGUCCGGCACCACUGGAGCAAAGAGUGCAGCCGCCGGUGAAAAUGGAGAAGGAGCCAGACCCAAUGGGUUCUGACGCACUGGGGAUAUCAGAGGGUUCAGUAAAAACCUACCGUAUUGUGCAGGUUGGGACAGCUGGAGGCGGCCUAAGGCUGGUAACACCUCAGCAGACCAGGAGCGAACGGCUGGAAACACCCCAGCGGUGGGAGAUUCAGGGGCAACAGGAGUUGCCAACUCCAGAUCUCACGCCAGUUCAGUCGCCGGCGUGGAGGAACCUACAAGUGCCAGAACUCACAUUGACUGAAGACGUUGAGACCUACCUGGCUACCUUUGAGGACGUGGCUGAGGCCUGCAAGUGGCCGAAGGAACAGUGGGUGAUGCGGCUCAUGCCCGCCCUCAACGGAGCCGCGCUCCAGGCCUACAAUAACUUGGAUCCCAGAGAGAGCGGGGAUUAUGGGAAAGUGAAGGCCGCCAUCUUGCGAGAGGAUGCCGUCAGUCUGGAGAGGCAGCGCCAGAACUUCAGGCACUUCCGCUACCAGGAGGCCGAGGGCCCUCGCGAGGUCUGCGCCCGCCUGCGGGGGCUCUGCCAUCGCUGGCUGGAGCCAGAAAGCCGCACCAAGGAGCAGAUUGUGGAGUUGUUGGUCCUGGAGCAGUUCCUCACCAUCCUGCCAGAGGAAAUGCAGGACUGGGUUCAGGAAUAUCGCCCCAAGACCUGCGUUCAGGCCGUGACCCUGGCAGAGCAUUUCCUGCUGAAGCAGCAGGAAGGCGAGAGGUGGGAUCAGCAGGUGCUGGGGCCUUUUGUACUCGAGGAGGCUGUGAGCUUCCCAGAAACUGAGCAAGUGCCCUUGGACACCAGGCAGACGACGCUUUGCAGAGAUGCCAAGGAGGAGAUGAACGAAAAUGCCACUUCAUUGGCAGGUGAAGAGAUCCAGACCAAAAACGAGGGGGGUUUUCUAAUACAGGAAAGUAUAAAGAAGCAAAGAAGCCGGAUGCUCCCCACCUUGCAGCCAGCCCAGUUUGCCUGCCAGAACGCCGACGGCCAGCAGCCUGCGAAUAAGCAAGACACGCUUUUCCCGUGCCCCGAAUGCGGGAAGAACUUCUCUCGCAAAUCCACCCUCACCAGGCACCGGAGGGUCCACACUGGGGUCAAGCCCCACCAGUGCACCGAAUGCGGGAAAAGGUUCCUGCACAAGUUCAACCUGGUGAACCACAUGAGAACCCACCUGCGGGAAGAAGCGAGCCGCUGUUCGCUUUGCGGGAAGAAUGCAAAGUGGAAUUCGGGCCAGGGGGGCCACGACAGGAAGGCUGGGUGUUGCGAAUGUGCGGAAAGCUUUGGGCUGCAGUUCAGUGCAGAGCAGAGCAUGCAGGAGAGAGAGGAGCCCUUCAGCUGACUUGAAGGCAAAGGCGGGAAUUGUAGCUGACUUGAAUGUAGAGAAUUUGUUUUUUAUUUUUAGGAAAUACUCUAAACCUAGGGGAUCUUUUAUUAUUAUUAUUAUUUUUGUCCUGGAACUCUUUAGAAGCAGGAACUGCCUUCUGGUGACGAGGUGGUUACCUUUAACAUAAUCGAAGCAAAGAAUGCCUUCCGCAGCUCAGAUGGGUUGUAUGUUUGUUUUCCUUUGGAUGUUUGUCAGUUUAUGGAGGGGAGCGGGGUGGAAGAAGGCAAAGAAGCCCCAACCUGCAUUUACUGUACAGUGGGAAAUAUUUGCUCCUCCUAAUGCCGUUGUGAAUGAGAGCAAAGAUGGACAAGGAUCCCUGUUGUGUCAGUUGCACGGGACCUACAUGCGGAACUAGUAAAAACUACACACAAAUGCAAUGUGAUUGAACGGCAUAUCAUCCAUACAUGCUUUUCAGCUGACAGAGUAGCUGUUUGAAUGUUGAAAUCUGAGCAGUGAAAAGAUAAGCUUCACCCUCAAAACUUAUUAUCAUAAAUAGGAAUGCAAGCUCAAAGAAUCUGUAUUGGAUGACCUGAAAACCCAUGGGGGUGAAUGCCAUCCAAUCAUAUUUUGGCUAAUGACAUAACAUUCUGUUAGUUUGGAGCAGACUCCUGGUAAUGUGUCACCUCAAAGGCCUUCAAACCACUUCCUCCUUCAUGGUGGUCUUUAACAAAACAUACUCACUAUUGCAACGUGGAGGAGAUCUGUUCUACUGACUUUCAACUUUUCUUUGUGUUUAUUUUUUCAAAGCCUCCCAAUUUAGAAGUGGAGCAAUUCAUAAAGAAUAUUUGUUGUCCAUUCAAAGUUCUCUGUUUACUGUUUGUGGCAGGAGAUCUCCCUCUUCCACUAGUUCUCUCCCUGCCCAAUUAAUUUACUUUUACUACUUCUUUUUUUACUUUUAAGAAUUAAAAGAGUCUACAUAGUUUCACAUGCCGAAGGGGAACCUUGGACUCGUGUCUUCCCCCUCAAAUAACAGCUUUCCAUACCACUAAAGCAUUUCAGAAGUAGUUUGUGAUAAGAAAUGGGAGGUCUGGUAUUCAAAAGGGGGGGGGGGUAAAAUCCUACUGUGUAUGGCUAACGUAGCUUUUGGAACUCUGCCUCCGUUUAUUUGUACAAGCCUGUCAAAAUACGUUUCAGUAUUUCAAGCCUUUCUAACACUACCAGUUUUAACCCCUGUAACACUGUUGAUACACCAAAAUUGCAUGUUUGGAAACCUGCAAUGGUUAUAGCUGCAUAUGUAAAUUUUAGGAUUUUUUUAAAAAAAGAGAAAGAAAGGAAUUGUUUUCAUAAAAAUUUUUAUUAAAGCUUUAUUUUUGUGUAGUUUGCACAUUAAAAAAGUUUAAUGUUGUAAUAAUAAUGUUUAAUUCUACAUAUCCUGCUUAACAUGGCUACAACCAUCCUUCAGUUGUUACCUCUUAGUUUAUAACCCAUGGACAAUGAAUAGAAACUGUGUUAUAUAAUUGUUGUUGUAAAAAGAGCUCACAAAGCAGAAGACAGACUCCCAAUUCUGUAUACACUUACUGGUAACGUACCUAGAAAAAUGCUCUGCUCAACUUACUGGGCAGGGACUUCAGUAUAAGUUUACAUGCAUAUAGAAUUUCACUGUACGGGGCCCAGCUGCCAAAGUGUUUUAAGAAUAGAAAUAUUGAGAUAAUUACCAAAUCUUCCUCCUUAAUAAUGCUCUGUUUUAUUUUAAAGUCUCCUGUCAGUGUUAUAGAAGGGAUUUUUUUAAACAAAUAACAAACGCCUUUCUCAAAGGACUCUGCACAUUUGA